AUCUUCACUCGCUUGAGAGGAAAUAAAAAGGAAAUUUCAUUAGAAAGUAUUCUAUUUUAUGACUCUUUUCAAUUAGGUUUUUGUAAUUACUAAGUUUAAAUUUUGAUUUGAGAGUUGGGUUGUGAAUCUUUUUUCUUUAUUGCUCUUGUUUUGAUGUACAGAUGUCUUAGACUGGAAAUUUCGUGGAGGAAGUUGGAUUUUUUCAAGCUGGGUUUUGCAUAUUUUCUCAGAUUUUGUUCUUUGUUUCCAUCUUACAGAUUUCCGGAAUUCAAAAUCUGCUUAUAAUCAGAAAUCUUCAAGAACAAGCAAUAUUCUGAUAUGGGUUUUCUUGUUUUUCCUUGUUUUUCCGAUUUCCAUUGAUAUCAAGCUCAAAACGAAUUUGAGUUGGUUUUUUCAAACAUCGAUUAGAUAUAGCUGUGGGUUUUUAAGUUUUUUAAAUCUUUUUUUUCGGUUCAUGAUAGAUUAGCUGCUUUCGUUUUUUUUUUUUUUUUUUGAGUGCUUUUAAUUCCUGUUUGAUUUAUAGAUAUAUGAAGCUUCAAAUCUGUUCAAGUUGGUUUGUUUGAAUGAUAGAUUUUUAUUAGUGAUUUUAAUCACCGAAAGUCAAUUCGAUUCAGUUGGGUUUUUGUUUUUUGGAUUGUUUUCUCACUGAGUGAUUGGACGGAGUUUCCUAAACUACAUGGAAGAAGAGAGAUAUAUUUCUAUAUGUGGAGAUUCGAUGAGAGUCGGACUUCUAUGGUCGAAGAUCAAGACCCAGAAGAGCGUUGAAUGCUAUGGAGAAGAUGGCACCUAUGAUCGUAUCUUGGAAAAGAGAAUUCCACAGAAGUCGAGAAAAGCCUUGAGUAGCCACCGAAGAGUUCGCAGCUCUAUUGGAGAAGAUGAUACACCCACUCACAGUGUAAAUCCUUCCCUCAUGGAGCUCAAGUCUCACUUCCAGCUCAAGAAUCUGACUGUCGAUCAAGAACAUAAUAGGGAUGUAAGUGAUGGAUUUAGGAAUAAUGUAUGUUUGAUUUGUGGGAAGAAAUUCCCAUCGAUAAAAUCAUUAUCAGGCCACUUGAGAUGCCACCCAGAUAGGGGGUGGAGGGGAAUUCAACCACCAUUGUCGAUUGCGAAGUACAGCUUAUCAUCGACGGUGACAGACUCAUUGGACCGGAAGACGGAUGAUCAGAUCGAUUCGGCUACAACGACAGAAGGAUCAGCUUCUGAUCAUGUCCGGUCCAUGUCCAGCUGGGCCAUGACGCGAAAAAGAAGCUGGAGGAUUGAAUCUGUGGUUCACCAAUCUGUAGAAUGUUUGCAGGAUCCAAUAUCUGAUGCUGUGCAUAAUCUGAUGAUGCUAGCUCAUGCAGAUCCUCCUGACUCAUCUCCGUCGAAGAAGAAUCAAAGAGAUGAUGAGUUGGAAGCUAAGGACAUUGAUUUUACACUGAAGAAAGCCAAAAUAUAUGAAGGAGAUGAUAUUUUGGAAAAUGGGUCUGAAUCAGAAUCUAUAUACAUGGAUUCUAGAUUGAAAAAGAUGGUUGGUGUUGGAGAUUCGAAGCAGGAAAUUGAACAAUCACAAGGUGAAAAUGUCAAUUACAACAAGCUAGAAUAUCAGAUUAAUUGUGUGAAUGAGAAAAUCAGUCAGAAGAAGAAGAAGAAGAAGAGAAAGAUGAGAGAUUUGAAAUCAGUAGCUGAUGGUAGACAUGUAUGCAGCACUUGCAAUAAAUCCUUCUCAUCUCACCAAGCACUAGGAGGCCACAGAUCCAGCCACAAGAAGUUCAAGAACGGUCUCCCGACCGCUGAAUCAGAUGAAUUAACAGUUAAAGAUGCAGUUGAUCAAGAGGCAAGUUUGAAGUUGUUGAUCAAGCACAAAUGCAAUAUCUGCAGCAAGGUGUUUCCAACAGGCCAGGCUCUUGGAGGGCACAAGAGGCGCCACUGGGCUGGCCCAGUUGAAGAUCCGAUGAGUUCGAUCACAUUGCAGGAAGAUGUUCCGAAAACGCGCCGCCCAUUGCUCGAUUUCGACCUCAAUGAGCUUCCUGAUCCUGCUCAGUGUCAAGGUCGGCCUUGAGGUGGAGUAUGCAUCCUUUUUUCAAAAUUCAGUUUCUUAGUAGAUAAGAAUUUGAUAAUAUUCCACUAAUAGUAGUAAUUGAUGAUUAUUGAAUCUGAAAUAUUGAGAUUUUGGGUUUUGAUCCUAUGUUACAUAUGUUUAAUUCUCAACUAGAUAUGAAGAUUGGGAUCUGAUACAGGGUAAUGAAACAAAAUAGCCUUGAUUUCU